AACAUCAGAGUAAUUGGGCUGUGUAUGUUUAUUUGUGGCUCUUAAGACUAUUUAUGCCCAGAAGAGCACAUUUGUAGCUAGAAUUUGUAUGAGGUUAUAUGUGAGGAAUCUUAAGGGAUUUACCCUAUAUUGUGUGUUCUCCUUGCUGUCUCUGAGUACUUGCUUGUGGUCUGUGAAUUUGGGAGGGAAGUAUGGAAGGUAGAAAUGGGGACAAGGGGAAGGAGCGGCAAAGGAGGGCCUAUGGCAUUGUCUCUGAGAAGGAGACACGCUCAAGCAUUGUGCUGGCGAAUCUGCCUAUUUCUUCAUCCGGCAAUGGUUGGUUAGCUAUCAAUGAACCAGAGCAGAAGACCAGAACGGAAAGCAUGACACCCACCCCAAAAACAGUUUGGGUUUUCUCCAAAACCAUUUUCCUUCUGUAUGUGGAGGCAAUGAGCUGAACAGAGAAUAUAAGUAGACUUCAAGAAGCCCCCUCCACACUCUAGAGCCUGACGUGGCCACUCCGGAGCCUCUUGUCUCUGCCAGUGCUCAGAGCCUCCUUCAGUCUCAUGGGCGGCUUUGAAGGUCAUCUGUACCCAGGACUGUCUCUCUUCUUCUAUGGACUUUAUCACGCACGACUCGUCUCCAGGGCCUUGAUAUGCAACGACCCCGUCCAGUAUCUGCCACGCCGUCCCUGGAGCAAAGGAAGAUGGGCGAGGCUGCAGCAAAUACACUAUGUGGGACUGGCGAAGAUAUUGAGCUCCUUCAUUUUAGUAGCCCAAGAACUGCAUAACAUCCAAGGGCAGUUUGUACUGAUCAGCAAGAUAUAUCACCAGAGAAACUUUUUGUACCACAAACAGUGGCAGCAUCUCACUCUCUACACCACCUUCUUCCUGAGUGGGUGUGUAGAUGUGGUGAGCCAGAACCUGCUGCCCCAGAGGUCGCCUGUCCUGGAACAAGGCGCCCAGGGCCUGGCCAUGUUUCUGAUUCUGCCCCUGAUGGUGUCUCACCUGCAGGACUCAGAAGGAGUGGAGCUGCAGUGUCACGUCCUGCUCACCCAGGCCUUGUUCCUGCUGCUGCUGGGGGUCAUCGCUGAGCUGUGGGCUCCCAACGUGCGGUGGCUCUGGGUGAUGAAGGCCUUUUUGUAUAUGAUUACAGGCUCCUGGCUGAUCCAGAUAGGCUUUAUCCUGUACAAACCAAUCUCUGGCCAUAAAUGGAUGGACGAUGAUAAAAAUGAUAUUUUAUUUGUCACCAUCUUCUUCUGCUGGCACGUGGCUUUCGUUGCCGUUGUGAUCAUCUGGAUCUACGGCGUCUCCUUUUUGUGGUAUUGUUACAUUUGCUGAUGUCUGAAGCAGGUGAGCCCGGAAGGGUUCCUCUCACCUGCACAUUCUGGAACACCUUGAGGAGAAGUUGUGGGAAGAGGAACUGUCAGAGAGGGAGACCAAGUGUCUAUCCUUCAGAGGUGCCACCGAGGCAGCUCACUCCGCUAGGAGGGGCCUACAGCUCUCUACUCUUUCAGCUUCUUUCAGUCUCGUUUGCUAAGCAGUGAGCAGAGAAAAGGCAAAUGAACCCAGGAGGCAAGUUACUAUGGCCUUAACUUUCAACUCCCCAAG